AUGUCUCGUGCUGCUACGCUCGCUUCGCCUGCCGCGGUGGCGGCCGUCCUCCUCCUCCUCUGCUCCUCCUCUGCGCCUACUACCGCCGAGGCCGGCAACACCGGCAACGCGAGGCAGCCUCCUCCGCUGGCGCCGGGCCUGUCCUUCGACUUCUACAAGUGCAGCUGCCCCAAGGCGGAGUCCAUCGUGCGGAGCUUCGUGCAGGACGCCGUGCGCAGGGACGUCGGCCUCGCCGCCGGCCUCCUCCGCCUCCACUUCCACGACUGCUUCGUCCAGGGCUGCGACGCCUCCUUGCUCCUGGACGGCUCCGCCACCGGCCCGGGAGAGCAGCAGGCGCCGCCCAACCUCACGCUGCGCCCCACCGCGUUCAAGGCCAUCAACGACAUCCACGACCGCCUCCAGAAGGAGUGCGGUGGCGCCGUCGUCUCCUGCUCCGACGUCCUCGCGCUCGCCGCCCGGGACUCCGUCGUCGUGUCCGGCGGGCCCAGCUACAAGGUGCCCCUGGGUCGGCGCGACAGCACCAGCUUCGCGACGCAGGAGGACGUCCUGAGCGACCUCCCGCCUCCGACGGCCACCGUGCCGGCGCUGCUGGCCGUGCUGUCCAAGAUCAACCUGGACGCGACGGACCUGGUGGCGCUGUCGGGCGGGCACACCAUCGGGCUAGGCCACUGCGCGUCGUUCGAGGACCGCCUGUUCCCGCGCCCGGACCCGACGCUGAACGCCACCUUCGCCGGCCACCUGCUUCGGACCUGCCCGGCCAAGGGCACCGACCGGCGGAGGGUGCUGGACGUGCGCACGCCCGACGCUUUCGACAACAAGUACUACGUGAACCUGGUGAACCGGGAGGGGCUCUUCACCUCCGACCAGGACCUCUUCACCAACCCCGGCGCUAGGCCUCUCGUCGAGAAGUUCGCGCGCAGCCAGAAGGACUUCUUCGACCAGUUCGCCUUCUCCGUGGUGAAGAUGGGGCAGAUCAAUGUGCUCGUGGGGGCGCAGGGGGAGAUCCGCACCAACUGCUCCGCCCGCAACGCCGACGUGACGAUGCCGUGGUCCGUCGUCGAGGAGGCUGCAGAGAGUCUCGUGUUCUAG